AUGAAAGAAAAGCAAUCUGGCGUUCCGAAUAUACCAUUUGAAAGAGUAAAUGAGCGCGUCGCAGCUGCAACAGCUGGAAAAUGUUGGCAGAAUGAUGAUGAAGAUGGAGUAUUAGAGCCCAUCUCUAAAGGACAAAGAUUUAUUAUUGUUCAUGCCGGAGAAGAAUAUACUAGACCACAACUAUUAAAAAUUGUAAAUAAAAACAAACCCGAACCAGUGUAUUCCGUCGAUGCUAUUUUAACAGGACUGGGUCACAAGAUAUUGCGUUUACCACCUUAUCAUUGUGAUCUUAAUCCCAUUGAAAUGGUCUGGGCAUCCAUGAAACGAAAAGUAGCCGAGAUAAAUAUUGGAAAGCCAUCCAAUCAAAUUCCAGAAAUGGUACAGAAUGCUUUUGAUUCCAUUCUUGUCGAUGAAUGGCGCAAUCAUUGCGCCCAUGUCAAGAAAAUAGAAAAGGAGUAUCAAAAAAAAAUAUGGAUAUUUGGACGAACCUUUUUUCAUACAAUUAUGCUC